AUGUGGGCAACGGGCCUCACGUUACCCUUCUAUACCCCACCACCUGCCGCCCCCACACCCGCUGGUUCGUACAGUUGUCCGCGGUGCAAGAAGGACAAGAAGAGUCCGAAGCUGUUCUCCGCCGACAACACCAUGGAUCCUGGGAGCGUACCCGUCGAGCUCCAGGGCCUGACCCAGACGGAGGAGAUGCUCAUCGCGCGGUGCUGUCCGAUCAUGCGCGUCCUCCACCUCAAGGGUGGGCAGCUAGGGUACGGUGGCCAUGUCGUCAACGUCGCUCAGGACAUCAGUACCUUAGCCGCUGCCCUCCCCAGGUUGGCCGCCGAUGUACCGAUCAUCAUCAUCCGGAGGGAGGGGCAGGAACCCGGCCAGCACAAGGACCUACACGUGCGGAGGGCUCGCGUGCAACGGGCUUUGCAAUGGCUCAUUGCCAACAACCCGUACUACCGCGACAUCGUCCUUGACAACACGGCCAUAUCCCAGCUCCCCGUCGACGGGCAACUACGUGGACUGCGAACCACCGUCAGCGGGGGAGACUCGGAGCGUGACCUUGGCCCUCGGGGGGAGGGGGGAGGGGAGGAGGACGGCGAUACCCCCGAGGACACGGAGUCCUUUAUGGCUCCGGCAGGCAAGAGCAUGCUCGAGGACCGCGCGAUUGAAGCAGCCCUGCGGAGGCAGACGGCAGCCGCCGCCAACGACGACGACCAGAGAGGCUUCAUCGAACUGCUGCCGCGUGCGCGUGAUGGACAGCUUUGCGACGAGGACUGGGACCUCCUCCUGAAGAGACAGCCCAACCGCCUGACCGCCGCUGAGAAAGCGGCUUUCGAGGACGCAACGAGGCUCUUCUACUCCAAGAAAGAGGUCAACAAGUACAACGGCAAGAAACUCCGGGAGCUGGACAACCCCGUCGCUCGUGUUAGCGCCGUCCACACGGGCGCGAACGCCAGGAGGGCGACAGCAGACACCGCGGAGGGGCUCGAGAGGGACCUCUACUUAGCCAAGGGAGCGAAGGUUAUGCUCUCGAAGAACCUGUACCAACAAGUUGGGCUGGACGGGGGGACGCAGGUCAGGACGCAGCUGCCCCUUAGGCUCUGCUGGGCAAUUACGAUGCACAAGUCCCAGGGGCAGACUUUAGCCAAGGCCGUCAUUGACUUGGGGCCCAAGGAGGCCUGCACGGGGCUUACUUUCGUCUGUCUCAGUAGGGCGAAGAGACUUGUGGACCUCAUGGUAGAGCCCAUGAGUUUCGACAGGAUUGGUAACCUUGGAAAUUCGCCGACGAUGAAGGCUAGGCUGCAGGAAGAGGUUAGACUUGGGGAGUUAGCACAGAGUACGAGGGUCAAGUACACGGACAUGGGCGUCUUCAGCGCCGUCGCGGGUGCGGGCGGAGGCGGUGGGGCGAGUGGCGGCGGCGGCGGCGGCGGCGGCGACAAUGCCGCCGCGGCCGCCACCAAGAAGCGCAAGGCGUCAACCCCCGGGCCGGACACUAGCAAAAACAAGCUCAACUUACGGCAGCGGCACGAGCUCGUCAAAGAGGUCCAAGAUGGUGGUGUCAGGGCUAAAGUCGCGGUGAAGUACGGCGUCAGCAAGGGGUACGUCACAAAGCUGAUGAUGCCCGACAACAUCGCUAAGCUCAACAGGGCAGUCCAGAUGGAGCUCAACCCGGAGGCCCGCCGCGUCCCGGAACCGGUGGAGGCGGAGUUGGAACAGCGUGUUCCCAAGUGGAUCAAGAUUGCGCGAGAGCGAUUCAUGGUGAGGGCUGACGUUGGACGCCGGGUCGGAUAA